GAUUUUCUUGUGGGGGGGGAAAUAUAACAUUAGACAAAAUGCUGGUAAAGCAUUAGCAGCUCAUUUCUUUCAUAUGUGACCUAUAUAAUUGCUGAUGAGAUUUAGUUCUCCCUAUUAAAGCAAAAAAGGUAACAGUUCCAGCUCGUCUGGUGUAUCCAGUUUGAUAUAUAAGUUCAUGGUCAUUAGUGGUUUAUAGAGACCUGACUGAUCUCUUGGUGACUCAAAAUAUAACGUAAGACAAUCCUGCAAUUCUGAACGGCUCAAGGUUGUUUGUGUGUCAAAUGUUAAAACACAUGACAGCGCAGUUUUGUAAAGGCUGAUAAAGAGUGGAAAAGUUACCAGGAUAACAAUCCUAAGUACCCUUAUUGGCUCAUUCAAGAAUAAGCUCAUUUAAAAAGUAAGAAAAUAAAAAUGUUAUACGGUUAAAAAACAUUAGCUUAGCUCUCUGGGAUUUUUUUUAUAACCAUUGACUGUAUAUGAGAACUGGACAAAGUAGGUGUGAUGUCACCCAUAGAAACCGACUUGCUGCAGGUCCCAAAGAAAAUAACUCAAUCCAGUUGCCAUUUUUUGGCGAUACGGAAGUCGCCAUGUUGGAACCAGUAAUAGUUAGUUAGCAGUGAUUGGUCCAACUUCCUGUGUGUAAAUCCAGGAGGGAGGAGUCUUUCAGUCUACUUGUCAUACACAGUCAGGUUAUAACCAAGUCCACACAUUUUGCACCCAUUUAACGCAAACCUAAAAAUAACACUUUACAUCUCCUCAAAUGACCACUAGAGGCUGCUUUCAGAAGGAAAAUACAUAUUUUACAUUUUUUGUACAUUUAUCUAUAAUCUGGUUAUUUUGCAAUAAACAUUUUUUCUUUAUGGCAGCUCCAUGGCUUAAACUAAAUUGCUCCCCUACCCCUAUAUUUGAAGAGAAAUCAAAUCCGGACGUUACUACCACCUAAUGAUGUCCUGAAUAGUCACCGGUCAUCUAUGUUAGCGCAUAACUGCCAGUGCUCAGAAAAUACAUAACGUCUGUUUUUUAACUUCAAAAAGUCUUUCAAAAACUCAAUACUUACAUUUAAGUGUAAAUGUCUGUGUAUUCAUAGCUACCAGACCUACCAGCGGAGAGAUAGCCGGCCUAAGUCACUAUGGCUCCUCCUCGCAUAAAGACUUUAGGACACCACUUCAGCUUAGAAUGCCCCAACAAUUGGAGCAGUAGGGGUGUAGCUAUAAGGGCUGGGAAGUAAUUCAAAUUUGGUGGACCUGAUCUGUUUAUCAUUUCUGACAUCAGACUGUGCUCCAGGAGAAAUGUGCCAAACCAAAAUCAGGUUAUUCUGUGAGGCUACAGGAAGAGAAACUGUUGCAUGUCAUGCUCAUAAAACUCAAUUUUUACUCUUUAGACACUAUUUAUUAUGCAUGUAAUCUAUAAAAGCAUGAUAUUUUCAUAACAUGUAAAACAAGGAUUUCUCUUCUUAGACCAAAUUCCUGUGUAUGAUGUUCCUAAGGUGCAAAUCACACCGACUAAUCACUCAACCAAAAAAUACACUCCCAUCAUAUUUUGGUCGGUUGUAAAGGUGUUCCCAGUGGUAUUUUAAUUAGGAUGAUGCAAUUUUUAGCAAAAAAAAUAAAUAAAUAAAUAAACUGUCAUUUUUAAGGAUGUAGUUUCUGCAGAGCGGCAGGAGUUCAUCAGAAAUUUACCUCUAUGUUGCAGGCGGGGAGUAAGCCUAUGCUCAUUUCCCAUCAUCCUUUUGUUUACAAUCUCUUUUGCUAGCAUAAAGCCUUUUACAACCCCAAGCUAACAUUAGUGGUAGAGAUCGAGAAAACGAAGAUGUACAUGGGUCUGUUUGUUAGUGGAUGCAUCAGAAUGGAGCAGAUCGGGGAACUUGCUACAGGUUUUUUCCAAUGGAAUUUUUGCGUCGGCUCCUGGUUCACAACUUCGAAUACAUAGAAAUUCACAUUUUAGUUUAAUUUUCUUUACAUACAUAUAUUAUGAGAAAACACUUAUCAUUGGAGUGGGUUAUGUUCUUACUUUAAGUGAUUUGUUGAUGCGAUUUGCCCUUCAGGGCCACCGUACUGUUAAAAAACACACAGCUUUUUCCUUUUUUUAAUCUUGAUCUGUAAAAAGUCAGGAGUUGUGAAGGGGUGUGCUUUCUUUUUCAUGUAAUCGCAUGCUUUUAAAGAAGUCCUCAAGGGAGGAGAUUGAUAUCUUAAUUUGUUGUGCCCCCCCCCACCCCACCCCAUACACACAGAUACACAAACACACCACAACCUGAGCAGCCGUGGUCAGUGGUCCUAGGUGAAAGGUGAAAGGUCACUGUAGACCUUCGAGACACCCUCCCCCCCAUUCCCAAAGCAGACAGAGCUGACUCCAACAGGGAGACAGAGUGAUGGAUGGAGGGCUCGCACUACCCUCCAACACACACACACACACACGGCUCAAAUCACACGCUCUUCCUCCCCGUCAUCGCCCUCCUCCCUCUACUCAACCCCCCAAGCCACUACCAACACCGCCGCCACUUUCCCUGGAGAGCAACCCGGAGGGAAGAAGGUUGGAGUGAGAAGAAAGGAGAAAGGACAAACGUCAGUUUAAGAAGCAGACAGUGGUUGGCAGAGGAGAGAAAAUGGAAAGGCUGGAGGAGUGACAGUGAAGAGAAGAUUAGGAGAUAGGUUGGAGUAGAUGGAGGACAUUAGGGGGGGGGAGGAGGAGGUGGGAGACAGAGUGGAGGAGGAGGAGGAGGAAGAGGAGGGGGGGUGGAUAAAAAAAAAAAGGUCACAUGACCAUGUAGCAGCUGCAAGGCUGAGAGGGGGAGAGUGAAAGAGUCUCACACAGGAGCAGAAAGACGACGAGCAGGAGGACAACAGUGAGCAGGAGGGUAUGAACCAUGAAUCUAACAAAUCGGCAUCAUUAGGAAUGAUCUCCACAGCAACUCGAACCACGGCUACAGUCAGUCCCCUCAGCCCACUAACCAAUGGGAGCGCAGUUGCCCAGUCUGCGAACUCAGGAUUUGCCGCUGCCCUUCGUAAACUGGCCAAACAGGCCGAGGAUCCAAGAGGUUCUGCUCUCAGUGGUGAGUCAUCUCCAGUGUCUUCCCCGGCCACCAGCCACAGCUCCCCAGCAACCACGCCCAAGCGGGCUUCAUUAGGGCCCUUCUUGGGGCAGAACAGGGGCCGCGGUGUCCCCAGCACCCCUCCUGUUGUCACCAUCGCCCCCACCAAAACCAGCAACGGCCUGUGGAGGACAGAAGGACGACAGGCGGAGUUGAGCGUUCAGGGGCUCAGCAGGGAGCGAGUGGCAGCUGAGAGCAGUCAGCCACAGCAAGAUAAGAGGACACCGCCCAUCAUCUCACCUCACCCACUGGCCUUUGGUCACACUCCCAGUAACAUCAUGCAGGACCCCAGGAUUCAAAGCAUAAGGUUGGAGAAAGAUCCUUUUAGUCUGUGUCUUCAUGUUGCAGCCCACUGCAAUUUAACAAAAACUCUCCUGCUCUGCAGUUUGCCUGGGCAGAUGCACUCUGUGGUUCCUUCGGGUGCCAUUCCUGAGGAAUACCUGAGGGCUCUCCGGCCUUUCGCCAAUUCAGAAGAUCUCCGCUUGACUUCUCUGCCCCUGAGCCUCGACCCUGCUGUCGCUGCCCACGCUGCCAGCGCUGCUGCCUACUACCAUCCUGCCUACCUGCACCACCCACUGUCCUUACCCAGGAUGGAUGAGUCCCUGUGUCUUUCUGCACUGCGAUCGCAGUUCUACUCUGUGCCUGCAGGGGGCGCCUUCCCUCCUCUUCACCCCUCUGCCCUCCACUUGCACCUGCCCGGAGGGCGCUACCCCGGAGAAUUAAAUCACACAGCUCUGUCUGAGAGGCUACAGAUGGAGAAUGAGCUCCGCCAGCGUGAGAGAGAGCAGGAGCGUGAACGAGAAAAAGAAAGGGAGCGCGAGGCCGGGCUGGAGCGAGAGCGAGAGGAGGAACUUGAGAGGGAACGUGAGAGGGAGCUGGACAGACAGAAGGAGAGACAGAGGGACAGACACCAGCAGAUGGUCCGAGCCGCAGAGAGCCACUACCUGGCUGAGCUGCAGGCUCGGAGGCCACCGCCAGAGGACAGGUCCAGGCCUUCAGAGAGGCUGACCCCGAACAGACUGGAUAAAACGAGGGACUCGGAUCAUCAGAGUUUUCCAGCACCAAAGCCCUUGGCUCUUCACUCCUCCAGGGCCUCUGUUCCACACCCAAUCCCCAGCCUGCUGCCCUCCCACCUGGGGAAGCAUCGAACUGCGUCCUCUGGGGGGAUUCCUGCAGCUCUGGUAUCCACAAUAAUGAAUCAGAGGACCAGUGAUGAGGCGUGGUUAACACAGCAGCAGCAGCAGAGAGAGGUUGCUCUGGAAGUUCGAUCUCCCGGAAAAGGGGUGGAGCCAAGAAGAGACAGAACCAAUUCCCUCUAUCACAACUCGAGCAACAAAGACGUGCCUGCCUGCCUCGGUGCCCCGCCUCCUCUCAUCUCCCCUAAAGGUCCUUAUCACCCUCACGUCCCCCCCACCACCCUGUGGAAUCCAGCCUCUCUUGUUGACACGCCGACAGACUCUCGCAGAAAACUCAACCCUUCCACACCCCCCAUCCGACCUCCCCCGGGACUAACCAGAGCUGACAGACCCUUAAUGAGCUGGGGGGAGAGAAUGGAGGAUGCAGGCAAGAGGACUGCAAAAAGCCCAGAGAGGUUCCCUUCACUGAGAGGGGGGAACCUGCAGGAUCCUUGGAACAAGGCCGAGGAAGCUCGAGUCAGUCAGAACCUGUAUUCCCGGCAUCACAUCAGCGCCCUUCACCCCAGGCUUCGCGUGCCGCCGAGUGACCUGGGGGGUCGCAGCCAGGCAGCUUCUCCUCCUCUGCCGAGGGAGCGCCAGCGGCCGGCUCCAGACAGCAUGUUGGUUUACGACGAGGUUCUGCAGCAGCACCGCCGACUGCUCAGUAAACUUGACCUGGAGGAGAAGAGGAGGAAAGAGGCCAGGGAGGGAGGUUAUUAUUAUGACCUGGAUGACUCAUAUGAUGAGAGUGACGAGGAGGAAGUGAAGGCCCAUCUGAGGAGAGUGACAGAGCAGCCCCCUCUCAAACUGGACACAUCCUCUGAGAAAGUAGAUUUCCUCCAUUUGUGCGGUCUCACCACUCUGGCUCAUCGAGAUGAGCUUGUGUCCCAGAAGAGGAGGAAGAGGAGGAGGAUGAUGAGAGAGCGCAGUGUUUCUCCGCCCGCAGUGCAGGGCAAAAGGACGGUCUCUUCACUCUCGACUCCUACGACCCCUCUUUCCACCACGUACUCAGCUGAACAGAUGGAUAAAACCCCUGAGCUGGAGGAGAAAAAAGACUUUCUCCAUAUGUUGAGCCUCACCCAUGUUAACCCACAACAGAGGAGAGAAAAAGAGAGGACAGAGGAACUGCUGAUGGCCAUUCAGAGGAAGACUGUGACUUUAGACACACUCAGAUAUAACCCUUCACCACUGUGUAGAAGCCCCAGUCUUCGCUCAGCGGGUGACUCCUCCACAACGUCUCAGUCCAAUGGACACCUGUACCCCGACUCUCCCAGCCCUUCUCCUCCCUAUUUACACAAAUCUAUGCACCUCCACAACGACACACUAAAACCAUCCAAGGAUUCCCAGCUGGCCUCCAAUCUUCCUCCCAUACAGUCGCAUCAGGAAAAGCCAGAAUCUAUGGAGAGUUCAAGAAAACUCCGAACUCAUCAGAAUGGUGUUUCAGGUCCUCUUUCCAAAUCAGAGUCCGACUCCUCACAGAACGGACGGAAUCGACCGUGGGAGAGGUUCACACCUGAGUCUUUCGCUCAGCGCUUCCAUCAGACUGUGCUGCAUUCCACACACAACACCCUGAAGAGCAAAGGAGGACAAAAUAGUUUCCCAGAAGCUGGUGGGAGAUCUGAUCGUUGUUUUCCUCAUAACAUCUCUCAGAAGAAAACUGCAAACUUAAUCACAGAGCAUGCAGCUAUCAACGGCCAUCAUUCCCCCGCAGCCUCUCAGGAUACUCCAGCUCCACUGGACCACGUGUCUGACGGGGAGGAGGAGGACUCGGAUCAGGAGGAUGACGAAGCAGAAGGGGACGAAGCUCCAAGAAAGUGGCAGGGCAUUGAAGCUAUUUUUGAAGCCUAUAAGGAGUAUGUGGAAGAGGCGAGCAUAGAGCGCCAGAUUCUGUACAGUCAGUGCAAAAAACUUGAAGCUCAGAACUGCAAUCUGACCAGAACUGCGGAGCAGCUCUCUGUGACGAUGGGGGAGCUGGUGACUCAAAGGCAGAAAGUCAGGGAGGAGCGGGACAGACUGCAGGCCCAGCUCGAGCACUUCAGAAGGUGUUUAACACUACCCAGCAUUCAUUGGGGCAGAGGCCAAGUCAACGUUCACCCAUCGAGGUGACCAAACCCUAAAGCUACGUACACACCGGGCAUGUGAUGCCGCUUCAAGAACGCUCUGAAAGUGGGGUUUUGAAUGCACUUUUAGCAUAAGGUGUUCAUACUGGAAUGUCGAUACCCGAUACUAGCGCAUGUACUCACAUUUAGAAGAGGCUUGGUGCGAAAUGUCGAAGUAGUGUGAAUAUCGCCAAUUUUGCUCCAGGCUUUUUCUUUCACAGCUCUAUUCCGAUAUAUGAAAGACUUUGUCAUAUUCCAUCUGGGCACAAACCGUAUCAAUUAACUUCACCUUCAUGAUCAAUUUUGAAACAGUUGGCACUUCCGUGUUUUCAAAGGGGCGUUACCCAUACAUCAAAUUACAAUAUUCAAAUCCGAGUUCAACUGGUUGAACAAUGGCCGCACGUUCAAUAUAUGUAAAGUCCAAAAACAGACUUAAGAACUUGUGUAGCAACAUGUAAACGGCAAAGAAGUCCAAAAUGCAGAUAUGCGCACGUUUACAUCGACUUUUCAUUUGUAGCCGUCACUCAAAUGCGUGUUUCCGAGCCCAGUGUGAACGUAGCAUAAGAGUAAUGCCUCUGACAGCAAAGGAACAGUGGUGAGAAUACUUGACGCACUUGGGGGGCCAGGCAUCUAAGUCCCUUUCUGGAGGGCCAUUUAUUUACCCAAAUACAGAUUAUUACAUUUUCUGCCAUGUUAGUUGCUGCAAUCUGUGGCAGAUUGUGUCCUCUGUCAGUUCCAAACCCUGCCUUAGUUGACUUAAAGGACUGUCCACCAUUUAACCCAUAAUAAAUCAGAUCAUUUGAGUCCACACCACUGAGCUCAAACUCUGAGCACACAUCUUCAGCCUCCCCUCACAGCAUCAGAGAGGCUUUCGUCGAGAAAUCAAAGCACACCUCAGGCCUUAAAACGAGACGGGAUGCACUUGAAAUCUUAUCGGAGGAAAUACUUGACAGUCCUGUUUAUGCUUUUGUUUUUACUAAGUUCUGCUUCGGCCACGACAUUGUGUGCUCGUGAAGGAACUUCAGAGAAAACGAAGCGCCUAAACGUAUUUAUUGUCCAACUGCUUCGUUCAGGCUUUGAGUUUUUGUUAGUAUUGUCACUUGUGAUAGAUGAAGAGUUUUGUGAUAGAUGAAGGUUAAUUGCUUUAACCUUUCCUUGUGGGAAGCCAUAAGCUUUGCUGGAGAAUUGCUGCUGGUCAGGAUAAAAAUGUCUAGGAAAACAAGAACGGUGGUUUUAUUCAGAAAAAAUUACAACAGCAAAACACUUGGAGAUAAAUGGAUGAUGGACAACGCCAAACAUCCACAGGGACUAAUUUGAAUGAUUCAUCCAAAAGCCUUUUCUCUUUUUUUUCAGUAUCCUAAAGCAGGUUCUGACAUAUCUUCUGUAGAUCCACACUGUUAAAUGUUCAUAUCUGAAGUGCUUUUAAGGUUUUGAUGUUUGAAAAAUAAAAUUAUUACAAAGGAAGUGACAUCAUUUUCCUACUGUUUAUUUUAAGCAUUUUUUUUCACUGUGGAUGAUAAUAAACUUAAUGUUUUUUUAAAUAUUUUUUUUGUUUAAUGCAGAUAAAUUAUUGUCGAAAACAUUUUUCUUUUUUUCCUGUCUAACUUUUGGAAGCACAAGCUACCGCUGCAGUUUCCCCUGAUCUCCUGAACGUCCUGCUCAAUCCCCUUUUUGAACUUGUGAAUUCUUGAAUAUUUGCUUAAUUGGUUGAUAUGUAAUGUAUUAUUUGGGCUGUAUAAUUGCAAUGAAUUAUUUAUUAACAUAUUGCUGUACAUUCCAAUGAAAAUUUACAUUAAAAUAUUUGCAAAACGUCUCAA